AUGCCUCAUCGUACAAUCAUUCCAUCAAGCCCUAUCCAAGAAUUCCCUGGGUACUUGAGCCAUUUAGACACUAGUACGCUACGAUUACUGACCGUGCUUAGCUUCCAUCAAGUGUCCCUAACGCCGCCAGCUUUCAAUUCCACGGACUGCAACAACAGUCAGACUAACGCCGGCACUACUAUACAGUCUCACGGACUUCAAUCACCACCAACGGACCAGCCAAAUACUUCUCUUCCGAUCCGACGUAUUGCCCCACGUCCACUCACGGUGGAGAUCGAAUUCCUUGACGUCCCCCGCAUGAUCGUCUGGGUCUCUCAUAUCUUCAGGGGCAAGCGCAAGCUGAUGAAAAUCCAUGCCGGGAAAUGGCCGCAGAUGUGUACCUUCAUGCACUACCUCACGCAGGGAUACAAGAAGAUUCAACUCGAUGUACUUCCUUUAUUGAGGGGCGUCGCGCAGCCAUCGAAAUAUUGCGAUAAAAAGAUGUUGGAAAUUUGGAAUCGGUCUGUCAGUUCUGCUAAUACGGUCGAUCCGAAAAUGACAUGCAAGAUGGGAUGA